AUGAUGUGGCAAAGGAUACGAAGUGGUGUCAGGUGGAGACCCAAGGAACGAUUUGCUCUGGCUGUUAGAGCAAUGAAUAUGAAGGAUGUAAAGACAAUUUUUUUAUCGUUUGAUCCAUUUCGUCCCGGCAGUGGAUCGUUAAGAUAUUUUUGGCACUCUAUUUGUACUCCAAGAGUUAAAAUGACGAAAAACUAUAAAGUGUUAACGGAAAUUCGGAACGAUAGAAAACCACCAUAUUUCAUUACAGACUUGGAAGACGGACGUCGAAUAAUAUUUAAAACUGAAGGGAUGCCAGCAGCCGAUUUGAUUAUACAGUUCAAUAAACUCCUGGGUAAUCCGGAAAGAGGUAAAUGCGGUCCACGACCAAGAAUUACCGUUUAG